AUGGUGCUGCUGCGGUGCGCCCCCUUCAUGGUCCUGCGGGCUGUCGCCUUCGUGUCGCCUGCCGUUUUGCCUCCACAAUCCUUGUUGCACACCAACAGCAGCUGCCCACAAGGUUUCAAGGCGUGCGGGCACUGCCACUGCGUGCCGGAGGCAGAUUGCGAUGCUUGUCGAGGCCCCAUGGUGCACGAUGUGCACGCCAGGAACAGCACGAAGGUCAGCAGCAAGAUGGCGGGCUGCCCGCCAGAAAAUGUCGAUUGCGGCAACUACACCUGUGUACCCCCUACCAUGUGCACGGAGAAAGGUCUUCUUGAGGCAGAAAGCACUGCGAGAAGAUCCAAGGUCCCCGGCUGUCCGGAAGACUUCACGGACUGCGGCAUCUGUGCGUGCGUUCCGGGCAACGUCUGCAGCCGCUGUCCCAGAAUCAUCGCCUUUUCCUUCACCCAUGGCACAUCAUCGGCCAUGCCCAACGAGACGUACAACGAGUCCGGCGUGCAGGACACUUGGGAUCCAGCCCUCUCUGCUGAGCCUGCUGAGGAUCGUAUCUGGAGCCAGGAUGGCACGGCAAGGCCAGUGAGCUGGUCGCGGUACACCUCCACCUUCCCAUUCUUGGUGGCACUCAAAGCAAUCAACAGAUGGGGUGGCCGCUAUCACCUCUGUGGGGGGACAUUGAUUCGAGAAACGCAUGUGCUCACAGCUGCACAUUGCUUCCGCAAAAACGGCGGCUGGGACAAGAAUGCCGAGGACAUCGAGGUCUGGUGGGGGCAUGGGAACAACGAUUGGAUUAGUUCGAAGGUCGACCUCAUUGUCACUCCAGCACUCUUCAAUGAACAGCAAUCCUGGGAUCAUGAUGUCGCAGUUCUUCGCUUGAGCCGACGCUUUGCGGGUGCUCCGCGCGUGCGCCUGUCACAUCGGUCCUCCUAUGCACUGGGCUCUGGAGCGUUGAUCGCUGGAUGGGGCAUGGUAAAUGAAGCCAUGACUAACAUGCCGAUCGACAAGUUAAAGGAAGCCCAGAAGAACAUUGCCGCUACGUCUCAUUGUCACAGGUUUGACUCGAAAUUCCAAGGGCAGAACAUCAUCUGCACUACGUCCUGGAAGUCAGGUAUCGGAAAAGGCGACAGCGGUGGGCCAAUGCUGCAAAACGGCUAUCAAAUCGGCAUCUGCUCCCAUCAUUUCCGUCGCAGCGGCUUCUCUUACUUUGAUGCCUUCACCCGCGUGUCAAGUUACACUGAUUGGAUCGAUGGUGUACUGCCAGUGGUUCAACUCCUCGUACUCAUGCACGUCGAGGCCGCAGACUGGGAUGGGGAUGGUGAUCUUGAUCUUAUCGUCGCGCGUCAGACUCCUCGUCAGACUGGUCAAGAUAUCGGCAGCUUCCAUCUUUUGGAGCAGGUGGGGGGCACCUUUGAGAUCCAAAAUGGAAGCCGGGACCCUUUUCAGCAGAUCACGCCGCAAACCAACUUCUGGUGGAAGAAGGCCUUUGCUGCUGCAGACUGGGAUCUUGAUGGUGACGUCGACCUUCUUGUGCAGAAGGAUGGUUUCGUACACUUCCUGGAGAGGCUUGCGGAUGGAAGCCUGGGUCACCCUCAAGCCUUCCUGGAGACCUUCGAUGCCGAAAGCUUGGGCUCCAUGGGUCAAAGGGCCCUGGCGCUCGGCGACUUCGAUCAGGAUGGCGACCUCGAUCUUCUGCUCGAAGGGCCCGACUACGGUAUCAGGUACUUUGAGCACUUGGCUGACGGGAACGUUUCCGAGCGCACGGGCAUGAAGCACUUGUUCCAAGGUGUUCUGCAGCCAGUGGAUUGGAAUGGAGACGGCCUGCUUGACCUCAUUGUGAAGAAUAUAGGCUGGGACCACGGGCCCUCUGAAAAUCUCUUGUUCUUUGAGCACACCUUGGAUGGAAGCUUCAUGCAUCGUCAGGGAAAUUUCCCCCACUUCAGCAACCAAUCAUUUACAAGCGCCGACUGGAACGGGGACGGCCUGCAGGAUAUGUUGGUCAGCAACGAGGAUGGCUCAAUCCAGCUUGUCUCCAGCAUGCUCGACUCGAGAUUCUUUGAGAGGACGAAGUCGGAGUCGGUCUUCAGUGCCGUGCGCAUCGAGUGGUCGAAAAUCGAUCCAUCUUUGGUGGAUUGGAAUGGAGAUGGUCUCCUCGACUUGGUCUUGACGUCCCCACACAAAGAAUAUGGCACCAGGGUUCUGGAGGGAUCCGCAAGUGGACUUCAUGAAGUGGAGCCACCUCCCCUUGAGCACACCUUCGAAGGCUUGGCCCACACGAAGCUCCUAGAUGUGAACGGCGAUGGGCGCACCGACGCAGUUGGCUGUGUCGGGGGAGCAGGCGGUUGUGACGUGGGUGUCCGCCCUUUCUCAUUGGUGUACUUUGAGCGACUGCAGAACGGAUCGCUGCAACAGAAAGCCGGGAAAGCUAAUCCCUUCUGGAAGCUCAACGAGGGUUUUAGUGAAAGUGGUCUUGGAGGGGACGAUUUUGAGCUGGCAGAUUUGGAUUACGAUGGUGACCUGGACCUGGUAGUCUGCACAGAUACCUCCCUUCUCUUCUUCGAGCAGACGUCCAGCGAGUGGCUUGCAAGAGAAGCUCUUCCAGUCAGUCUCAGCGGCUACAAGUGUGCCUUGCGUGCUUUCGACUACAAUGGCGACAUGCGGAUGGAUCUCCUCCUCGGAACUGAUGACCGGCUGUUGGUGUUGGAAGGACUAGGAAGCUUCCGACUGAGGGAACUGCCACAGAGUGAGAAUCCGUUCCGAGACAUCGAACUCAAUUGCUAUUUGUCAAUUGGUUUGGCAGUUGGGGACUGGAAUGGAGAUGGCAUUGCAGACGUUCUUGUUUCGGAGGCCAACCCGGACUGGAAGGGCCUCCGUUUCUUCGAGAAGGGCUUCUGCACCAAGCGCGAGACCUGCAGAUACCAGUUCCUGGAUUGCUCUGGCUGCGCGGCUGAUUUCUACCGGGCCGAGACCAGGAACAUCUAUUCGAGCAAUGUUUGCUCAACACGGGGCAAGUGCCAUGAUGAUGACCUGGCCCGCACCGAAAGUGCACAACACGGCAAUGGGAGCUGCUUGUGCCAGGAGCCUUUCUUUGGCGUAAACUGUGAAUUAGGAGGCUGUCCGGCAGGAUAUGAAUACGUGCAACGCAAGCAUUGGACCUGCGUGGCAUGUCAGAAGGGAUGGUACAAGCAGGCUGUUGGGAACAAUGUUCCUUGCAGUCCCUGCCAAGCAAACCGUUUCAUGCCUGUUUUGGGCGGUGCUUCUUGCCUCCAGUGCGAAGACAUGUGGCUUCGGGUGCAGGUCAACAAGGAGAAGACAGCAUGCACGCGCGCGAUGGUCAAUGUUCUGGCAAUACCGACGGCAUUCAUCUUAGCAGCUGGGUUUUUUGUGAUGCUCCCAUAUGUGAGUGGCCUCCCUUUGGCAGUGCGGGAUGUGCGACUGGGCCAGGAAGGUGUGAUGGUGACCACGAAAGUGCGGCACUGGAUGCUGAGUGGCAAGCGAAAGAUGCACUUGAGGUUCUUGCUUCUGGACGUCAAAGACGAUGUUGCUCUGAGCAAGGACAUCGAGACUUCGAGGGGCACAGGCCAUCUGAAACACCGCGACUCGGUGUUCGGUAGAGGCAUCAUGAUCCCCUUCUCCCUCUGGCAAGUGCUGCUGGUGGCUGGCCUUGUGGGCGUCGUGGCAUUAGCUGAGCUUGAGGAGAUGACAGGCAACUUCCGUCUGACCUUGACAGAAGCAGCCAUGCUUGUCUUGGGUGCCUUGACAGCCGUUCUUGUCCACUGGCGACAGCAGGGCCACCCAGACUGCACUCAGCAACGAUUCGCAGACAUGCUGCACCAUAGGAAGGCUUCAGACAGAGGAGCUUCGAGAGCUCUCAGUGCCAGUCAGCUGCUCGACUUCUACCAUUCCUUUCAGGAGCACAUCCUCAACAGAAACAUGUACUACCUCUGCAGCAACAUUGUCCAGCCUCUGACAAAGCCCUGGCAACUAUCUUAUGCUGACGUGGUUGGUCCGAGCAAGAUGCAGUGGUUCGUGUCUCACUACUGGGGGACCCCCUUCGCACAUUUUGUGGAGACCAUACGCAAACAUGCUGAGGGAAGCUUGGGUGCACGGGUGACCGAGUUGCGCUCGGUGACCUACUGGAUUUGCACCUUCAGCAACAACCAGUGGAAAGUACAAGAAGAACUGGGUGAGACAUGGGAGUUCUCAUCCUUCUACCUGGCAUUGCGUAGCGCCGGGUACAAAGGCACCGUCAUGGUUCUAGAUGAGGCGGUGCGACCUUUGACAAGGUCGUGGUGCCUGUUUGAGCUACUGCAGACAGCUACCCUAAGCAGGGAGAAGAAGCUUCAAGGGCUGUUUCUUGGCACGCCCUCUGGAAUCAUGAACCUUGGUCAAUGCAACAUGGACCUUGCGUUCACCAUCAGCCAGAAGCUGUCGAGCCUUAAACUGCAAGAUGCCAGCGCCAGCUCCCUGGAAGACAAGAAGAUGAUUGAUGACUUGGUUCGGGCUCAACCAGGUGGCUUUGAUCAGGUGAACAAGUUUCUCAUCCAAGCAGUGAGUGAGGCGCUGGAUGCAACUCAGACACGAUUCCAAGCCGACCUGGCUACCUUGCAAAAAGGCCUCUCUGCCUACAUCUGUGCGGAGAAGACGGAACCCGAUUGA